AUUCGUACAAUCGAAAAGCCGUCGUGACACUGGCGAGCUAACCCCCCUUUCGGCUUCCGCUUCUGUCGUUCAAAGGAAUCAAUGCGCGAGUAAGGGGGGAAAAACUCAUUCUGGCUCUGGUCAACAAAAUUGAAGACAAUUUUUGGAAAAUUUCUUGAAAGAGGUCCAAAUUAUUUUCCAAUCUGAGAAGAUGAAGAUCACUGUAAUGACCGCCGACGAACAGUUCAUCACAUUAGACGUUGAUCCAGAUGAAUCUGUUGAAAACGUGAAAGCACUGCUUGAAGUGGAGACCCGUGUGUCACUUCAACAGCAGCAAUUGCUCUUCAAUGGAAGUGAGAUCAGGAAUUCUGAUCGGUUAAGUUCCCUUGGUGUUAGAGAUGGGGAUUUAGUGAUGAUGAUAUCUCGUGCCUCCUCUAGUAUGCCCGGCAAUGAUCUUAGCUUUAAUCCAGAUGGAUCUGCUGUGAACCCUGGAGCCUUCCAACAGCAUGUGAGGCGUGAUUCUAAUAUGAUGGCCCAACUUCUUCAGACUGAUCCAGAACUUGCACAAGCUCUUCUUGGCAAUGAUCUCAAUAGACUGCAGAACUUAUUGCGUGAACGGCAUCAACAAAGAUCUGAUCUACGCCGCCGACAAGAGGAGGAGCUUGCAUUGAUGUAUGCAGAUCCUUUUGAUGUGGAAGCACAGAAAAAAAUUGAAGCUGCCAUCCGCCAGAAAGGUAUUGAUGAGAACUGGGCAGCUGCACUAGAAUACAAUCCUGAAGCUUUUGCAAGGGUGGUGAUGUUGUAUGUGGACAUGGAGGUCAAUGGCAUACCUCUGAAGGCAUUUGUGGAUAGUGGAGCACAAUCAACAAUAAUAUCUAAAAGCUGUGCUGAGCGUUGUGGAUUGUUGCGACUCUUGGAUCGACGUUAUAAGGGUGUUGCUCAUGGAGUAGGCCAGUCUGAGAUACUGGGACGGAUACAUGUGGCACCAAUCAAGAUUGGAAAUAUAUUUUAUCCUUGUUCUUUCAUGGUACUUGAUUCUCCCAACAUGGAAUUUCUUUUUGGGCUUGAUAUGCUCCGUAAGCAUCAGUGCAUAAUUGAUUUGAAGGAGAAUGUCUUGAGAGUUGGUGGAGGAGAGGUUUCAGUGCCAUUCUUGCAAGAGAAGGACAUCCCAUCCCAUUUUCUAGAUGAAGAAAGGUUUUCAAAGCAAGCAUCUGCUUCAGGUUCAAUUGCAGAAGCAUCUGGAACAAAGAACGAUGGCAAAUUGCCUACUGGAGGGCAAUCUUCUGGUACCCCGCAAACUGACCCAACACAGGGUCCAGACUUUGAAGCCAAAGUUUCGAAGCUUGUUGAGCUUGGAUUUGGGAGGGAUGCAGCAAUACAGGCUCUUAGGUUUUUUGAUGGUAAUGAAGAACAGGCGGCCGGAUACCUAUUUGGGGGUUAACAGAAAAAUCUGAUGUGUUUAUUAUUUUUUUUAAUGCCUCCCGCGGAAACAAUGUAAUUUUACUGUGUAUUUUGCACGUGAAGUCGAUUCAUUUACACUGCAAGCUUUCUGAUGGUUAUUAAUUACAGACAGGUGUCUUUAAUUUUUAUAUAUUUAUUUUUUUGGUUGGGGGUGCAUACAAAUACAAUUAUUAAAACAUUUGCACAUGAAAUCAAUUCAUUUGGAUUAAUUGAUCUGA